AUGUUUCCUCCACAGUCGGCAAACUUAGAUAUUGAAGCCCUAAGCGGCAUCCUUGGAUCUAUAUCUAUUGCCUGCUGGGUGGUUGUGUUUUCGCCGCAGAUAAUAGAAAAUUUCCGAAGACGAUCUGCAGAUGGUCUCUCGCUGCUCUUUCUUGCCAUCUGGCUGGCUGGGGAUGUCUUUAAUAUCCUGGGAUCUGUUCUCCAAGGGGUACUGCCGACAAUGACCAUCCUCGCGGUAUACUAUACCCUUGCAGAUAUUGUGUUGCUCGGACAGUGCUUUUACUACCGUGGAUUCACUCUGUCAGACAACGUCCCGGCGAAAAUAAAGCCCAAUAGGGAGAGCGGAGAAGAAGAAGGACAACAAGAGCCGACGGAGAGAACCGGGCUAUUAAACAGUGAAAACGGAAACGGAAAUGGCCAUUCCGGUGAUAGACAUCAACAACACUCGCAAUGGACUCAUGUCGAUGGCACCCAUCUCUCUCCAGUAACACCUUUCGUUGAUGCUGUUCCUGUUGAAGAAGAAGAAAAUACCAGCAGCGGCACACAACCUGCACGGUCAACCUCCAUCCUCCAAGCAGCCCUACUUAACACCUUUGCCAUUGUCCUUGUAUGCGCCGCUGGUAUUUUGGGCUGGUACGUGAGCUCCAACUUGACCAGCCACUCCAAACACGAAAUCAAAGAACCUGACAACAACACCUCGGAACCCCUCACCUUUGAUUUCUGGGGCCAGAUAUUCGGCUACCUGUGCGCUGUUCUAUACCUAGGCUCGCGCAUUCCACAACUCCUCCUUAACUAUCGCCGGAAAUCAACCGAAGGUGUCUCGCUUUUGUUUUUCUUAUUCGCCUGCAUCGGCAACCUGACCUAUGUGCUGUCGAUUUUUGCUUACUCUCCCGUUUGUUUUGAUCGUCGUACUUGUCAACCGGGGGAGGCGUCUGCGAUUUAUGGGAAGUACAUUCUUGUGAAUCUUUCGUGGCUCAUGGGCAGUUUGGGGACUUUGUUUCUUGAUAUGGCUAUUUUUGUGCAGUUUUUCCUGUAUAGACAGGAUGAUCUGGAUGAUUGGGAAUAA